AUGGAUAAAAUUGUCUACAAGGCCGCCAACCACCCCGGUCAGCACUUGCCCGAUGUCUUUAUCUUGGCCGAGCCAGGCAUGGCCGCCAAGUACCGUGCCCAGCAAUCACACCAGGGCCCCACCAGCAACCAUCAGAAGCAUGUCCGGGAGUCCGACAUGAACCAACCCCCCAUCGCCCUCGUCGAUGUCGUCCAGUCAUACGAGAUCUUCCAGACGCAGACUGGUCGCGGCUUCACCGGCAACGUCGCUCGCCCCGCAAAGUCGGAUUUGGAGGCCCUCUUCAACACCGAUGACGAACAGGCCAUCGCAGAGAAGAUCAUCAUGAAUGGCGAGAUCCAGGAAGGCCGCGUCUAA